AGGGCCGAGUUGUCCCCGCCCGCCCUCCGUAACCCGCCAUGUCAGAGGCGGGGCCGUUCCCGCCCUCACAGCGAUGGCGGCGGCUCCGGAGGCUCCGUGUGGGCUUUGUGAGGGCUCUGUGAGGCACCCGAAUUUAGGAGCUCGCUAAACACAGACACACAUCUUAGUUUGGGAAAGGACGCAUUGUUCAUCCCGCUCAUUGCGCCUCCACAGAUCAGGCAGCCCAGGGGGUGAAAACUCACCUCUUUUAUGCAGUAAAGUUCACAUGAGCCCGCCCGCCUAAUACAUAUUUGCUUGGGUGAUGUGAUUUUACCUGAAACACAAAGCUCUUUUCUUCAUUCAGCAACUUCUGUUGUAGAAGUUACCAGAAGUUAUCUGGCAACUUCAGUUUUCUUUACGAAAGGGUGCGAGGUGGAGGUUUCCACGGAGGAAACACAUCAAAGGGCUAACCUAAACACAGGCCUACAGCGCUCACAGCUGGAAAAAAGCUCAUACACUGCGUGUUCGUAAAAGGUGAGGUGUGGGAGAGGCAGAGCGAGCACUGUUUAUCCUCUGGAGGGUGCUGUUGUUUUGUACGAACAGCAGAGAGGGCCUGGAAACCUCCGAGGGAACAUUUCGGGUGCUGUUUGCUUUAGGGAGGAUUAAGGACGUGCUGUCCUUUUCUCCUUCACAGAUCUCUCACGAAUCCUGUAUGUUGUGAUCCACCUGUUCUCCAGCAUUCCUGAGACUGGCUAAACUUAGCUAAUGACUCAGAUUUUUCUGAGCAAAUCCUCCUGAUCAGGACCAGGACUUUUUUUUUAACAUUUCUUAAAACUUCCCUUGAUCCCCCAGCCCCCAACAAUUGAGCUCUUUUUCACCUGUGGGAUGAGUAUUUGUUGGCUCGGUGGAGGUAUUUCCUACUGUAAUGUGUGUGACAUUGUUCUAAUGGUCUUGAAUUUUAUUGCCUUGUUUUAUAACUCAUAAAGAUAUAACUGCAAUCCUUACAAAGGAGAUGAUGUCUUGGAUCAUUGCCUCUGUCAUUUGUCUUCCUUGUCAACACUGUUAUAGCCUUUUUAUCAGAGAGGAAACCAGUACCCUGUGUGCCAUAAGUAAAAUUCUGAAAUCAGUUUAUAACACUGCCUAUGACUCAGUUUGUUCUAAUUUUGCUACUGAUAAUUGAUGGAAGCAGAAGUUAACUCAGGAUGCUGGUUUUGAGGAAAUGGGAGGGUGGGAAAGGAGUGUUGGAAGUGGUUAGUUUGCAGCAAGUGAAGAUGGUCUUAUUGGUUCAGUAACUCUUCUGAAAGGUGACGCUUUGACUCUGUAGUGCCUCCCAGCAUCAGAGAACCGGUGUCAUCUUCUUUCCGUUUCCAGAUACCCCAAAUUCUGGUAGCAGAGGAGAAAGCUGCAGUCUGCUGGCAGUAGCUGCUCCUGACAAGCACUGCUAGUGCGUGGGGUACAGGUAGAACCCCCCGUGUGACAUCACUGGUUCAGCUCAGAGCAGUAUAUAGUGAGAUAUCCUCUCUGAGGAUGCCAGUGCUUCAUAUGUGAAGCAAGUUCUGACUUCAGAGACCUUCUGUCUGAAAAAGUGUUCGAUGCUGUAGCAGGGCUCCUCAUACUCCUCUCAGCCAGGACUGCCUGUCAGCAUCCCCUGAAGGACCCACAGUAAGGAAAUUGAACAUUUUUCAACAUGCCCCAGACACGCAACAAGUGGACAACCAAGAGCAACAGGGUUUAAACUGUUCUGGUAAUGGCAACUCCAGGAGGUUUUUAGAGGUGACUUUGGGGAGAGACAACACAAAGCUCAAAAAAGAUGUGGUGGAGAAGACACCAAGAUGGAAAGGAAAGGAGGAGGAGAAGAAAAUGAUGGAACCAGUUACCGGGGUUAAGGAAGCCAAGGAGAACAUGGUUGUGAAACCACCACCUCAGUUGGAGGGAAUCAAGAAGACAACAGUGAAAACAGCCCCUGUGGUGCAGGGAAACAAGGAGAAAACAACAGUGAGACCAGCUCCAGGGAUGGAAGAAGCCAAGGAAAAGACAACAGUGAAACCCCUUCCCAGGGCGCAGGGAGCCAAGGAGAAGGCAACAGUGAAACCAUCCUCUGAGGUGAAGGGAGCUCAUGAAAACAACACAUCCAAAGACCAAUCAAAACCCAAAGAGCCUCCUGCGUCAGUGAAAACUGUAAGACCUGUUCCUCAGGCUGCUGCAGUGACAAAAAAGACAAAACUGAGCGCUGCUAACUACACAUCUGAGCCACACUGGGAUUUCGAGGACAAGUACCUGCUGGAUAACUCCUCUCCAGCUUCGACCUGCUCUGAAUCAGUGAGGGCCAGAGCUGCCAAGUCUGACUGGCUGCGGGAUCUUUUCCUGCCCAACAUCACGAUCUUCACAGACAAGAGAUACUUCAAUGACAGUGAAUGGAACCGCCUGGAGCAUUUUAUACCCCCAUAUGGCUUCAUGGACCUGAAUUAUUCAUUGGUGAAGGAGGUCAUGUCCCUGCUGCCCCCGAAUCCCCACCAGCAGCUGCUCCUGGCCAACCGUAACAGCAGCGUUCCAACAUGCAUCAGCUGUGCUGUUGUGGGGAAUGGAGGAAUACUGAAUAACUCUGGGAUGGGCCAGGAGAUUGACUCCCAUGACUAUGUCUUCCGGGUGAGCGGGGCUGUAAUCAAAGGUUACGAAAAAGAUGUGGGAACAAAAACCUCCUUUUAUGGAUUCACAGCCUACUCCCUGGUUUCCUCUCUUCAGAUCUUGGGACACAGAGGGUUCAGCAACAUCCCACGGGAGAAACAUGUCAAAUACAUUCACUUCCUGGAGGGAGCUAGAGACUAUGAGUGGCUGAAGGCUCUUCUGUUCAACAAGGACAUCAGAAAAGGAUUCUUGAACCUCAACGGGCAGAAGCCCCGGCAGAAAUUUGACAAAGAUUUCACAAUGGACAGAUACCUGGUGGUUCACCCUGAUUUCCUCAGAUACAUGAAAAACAGGUUUUUAAAAUCUAAAAAUCUGGAAAAGCCCUACUGGAGGCUGUACAGACCCACAACAGGGGCCUUCCUGCUGCUGACUGCCCUCCACCUCUGUGACCAGGGACGUCUCCAUCUUUCCCAGGUGAGUGCCUAUGGCUACAUCACAGAGGGGCAUGAGAAGUACUCGGAUCACUACUACGACAAGGACUGGAAGCAGCUGAUUUUCUACAUUAACCACGACUUCAAACUGGAGAAGGAGGUGUGGAAAAAGCUUCACGAUGAGAAUAUCAUAAAGCUUUACCAGAGAUCCUGAUUGUGAGGCAAGAGCCAUUGCUUGGGAAAUCUCAACACCUCACUGUGAACAGAAGAGGACCACCAGAGCCAAGGUUAGUUCUGGGCUGCCAGGCACAUUUCAUCCCCACAAAGACAUUUCCCUCCUUCAGCACCUCUAUUCUUUCACACCACUUGCACAAAUGUGUGAAUGCUGCAGACCCAGAGAAGAACAAGAAAAUGCAGAGUGCCAACAAAAUCCUUGUGGCUGUGCUGCAAGACUGGUUUUUGUAGGCACAGGUAUUGGGAGAACAGAAUCCAGGAUGGAUCUGGACAGCAUAUGUGUCCUUUAUUUAAUCCAAGUUUUCUCUCUUUGCAAGGAGGUGCUCCUCAGGCUGGGGCUCCUUCUGUUCUGGUGGAUCCUCUCCAUUAGUGAUGCCCACUGUGGAGCUGGGUAUUGUCUAAACAAGCUCCCUCAGGAGCCAGUGGAUGGAGAUGCACACACAGGCCCUGUCUCAGGUUGACUUUAUUUCUGGAGGUGCUGCUCUCACUCUGCUCCCUGCAGAUAAAAAGGGUGGACUGGACACUUCCAGGUGACUAACUCAAGAGAGAAUGAGUCUCACUUCUGCUUCCCAGUGUGGCCUUGUGACACUUCCAAAGGAGCACUGCCAUCAGCUCAAGGGCAGGUAACUGCUCUCCAUGGUGCAGCAGACAUUCAGUACCUGGUGCCUCUUGCUCCAGGGAUCCCAAAGCUGCACAAAAUGUGAAUUUUUUGGCAUGGUCCUGGUGUGCCAAGUCCAUGCUUAGCUGGACUUUGUCAUGCUUGGCUCCCAGCUGUGCCCAGAGCACUGUGUCUGUCCUCCUGCCAGGGGAGGUGGGAGCUCUCCAAGCCCAGGGAUGGAUGCUACCCUUCCUUGCUGCUGGCUGGAGUGCCUGUCCCCCACGGUGCUGUGUGCAGGACACAUGCAACAUGUUGGCCUUCUCAAAGGGGUUUUGUACAUAAAAUAAAUGGCACUACUUUGGCCAAGCUGA